AGUUUGACAGCGGCACACUACACUACUGCUGUUGCUGCUGCUGCUGUAUUGUCGCAUCGAAUUGUCAACAUCCACAUUCAUAGCGACUGAACGAGAAAAACAACACAUUGUUAAUGCCGAAUUUGCAGCAAUAUUUUUGUGAAAUAUUUUUCUGUGAUACAUGGGUAAAUUGUUUAAAAAAACACGUCGGCAAACGAAUUGACUUAUUUAUCUGUAGUUUUGGUUAGAAAUUUCUUUGGUUUCAUGCGAAUAAAACGAGUUGUGUAUUGUUCAUAGAGAGAGAUAGAAUAGAAAAAAAUGGAUCAAUUGCCACGAUUUUCUCGUUCGUUACGAGCUAGCCUUAGGCUAGACAUUCAACGGAACAUAAAUUAUCAAGCCGAUCAAGUGGUGGUCAACCUGUGGCAUGAGGAAAAUGAACGAGCCAAAACGAUCUCUUGGAACAAAUUCAAAACGAUGGUGCAGCAGAAAUUUGCCAACGAUACAAAUCAAUUGAAUAACGUCACCAAGCUUCUACAGAAUCUAUGGAAUUUGACACGAAAUCUCAUCGGAGACGAUGAAAGCGGCGCUGUUAUCAAUGAUGCGGCGAUAUUUCUGUUUCGAUUCUUCAUUGACGUGAGUAUUGUGAUGGUUCGGCAUUUAAGCGAAUUGAAGGUGAUUUUUGGAAAAAUCAGUUCUCAGCAUGCAAAUAAAAUAUGUUCCGUCGUAUGUGAUUUGAAAGCCGCGUUGAGCGAAGAUUUAUUGCAUGUCAUUCGUGAUGAGAUCAAAGAAAAAAAUGACGAACAAGGAGCAGUUAUCAAAAAGGAAACGAAACGUUGGGGAAACAACAUAAAAAUUUACAUGCCAAAAGGUAUAGAUGUAGAUAACGAAAGCAUGGAAUUGUUACAAAGUUUCGAUUUGCCAGAGCCGAUGAGUGAAAAAGACGAGAGUGGAUUGUCGACAUCAUUUUCGAUGCGAUACGAUAGCACUAAAUCAGUUGCUCAGCCGAAACUUACGUACAAUCGUACAUGGCUGCUAGCCCAUGUUAACAACGAGGUGGUUGAGUCGCUGCUCUCUGUUUUAAAAUCGAAAAAAUCCAAUGCCGAACUGCAAAAUGAACUUAUCGAACUGUUGGGUUUUGAUAAAUUCGAAAUUCUCGAGACCAUUUUGGAGAAUCGAAAGGGGAUCAUAAAAAAUAUUGAAAAUGACGACAAAGUCAAUAUGAUGUACGAACGUGCAGCGACGGCCGAACAAUGUGGCGUGGUAAAUAGGACAAAGUCCGCGCAACCGGCUGUAUCAUCUCAAGUUGUGGUUCAAUCGGAACAAGAGCUAAGCCUCAUGAAAAAGGUACGCAAAGAUGAGAAAAAAUUGGAAAAAAUAUUCACGGCACAGAAAACGGCCAUGGAAAAUGAGCUUGAUGACGACGACGAUGGUAGCUGUGAUUAUGGUGUGGCUCGUUUGAAAUUGCAACAGCAACAACAAAUUUUAAAUACAAUAAAGAAUCAGCCGAUUUUAGCAAAACCAAGAAAACCAUCGGAAGCAAUGAACUGGCUGACGCAAGCACCCAAAAAGGUCACUUAUCCAUAUGUGUUUGAUGGUCAAAUGGAAGCACGGACUCAUGUUGGAUUUGUGGCUGGAUCCAAGCUGGUUUUGCCUGAAUCUACACAGCGUACUGAUAAUAAAACCUAUGAAGAAAUUAAUUUACCCGCGAAUACAGCACCGAUUGACUUAAAAGUAGGCGAACAACGCAUUCAAAUCACCGAUUUGGAUGAAAUUGGCAAAAUGGCGUUCAAGGGAGUUAAAGAACUGAAUCGGAUACAAAGCGUUGUGUUCGAACGGGCCUAUCAUUCAAAUGAUAACUUGCUCAUUUGUGCACCGACCGGAGCGGGUAAGACAAAUGUCGCUAUGCUUUCGAUCAUCAACACCAUUCGAUCGCAUACCGAUCAAGGAGUAAUACAUCGGGAUCAAUUUAAAAUUGUGUACGUGGCCCCGAUGAAAGCACUGGCAGCUGAAAUGGUGGAAAAUUUUGGAAAGAGGCUCGGCUCAUUGGGAAUCAGUGUUCGAGAGUUAACGGGAGAUAUGCAACUUACGAAACAGGAGAUACAACAAACGCAAAUGUUAAUCACAACGCCUGAGAAAUGGGAUGUGAUAACACGGAAAGGUGCCGGUGACGUGGCAUUGAUCAGUCUCGUAAAGCUGUUGAUUAUCGACGAAGUGCAUUUGUUGCAUGGUGAACGAGGCCCAGUCGUGGAAGCAUUGGUUGCUCGUACAUUGCGUCUCGUUGAAUCCACCCAGAAUAUGAUUCGAAUAGUCGGCUUAUCAGCCACACUGCCAAAUUACAUUGAUGUCGCUCGGUUUCUGCGCGUCAAUCCAAUGGUUGGACUAUUUUAUUUCGAUGGCCGCUUCAGACCGGUCCCGCUCGAACAGACAUUUGUUGGUGUCAAGAGUGUAAAACCGAUGCAGCAAUUGGCCGAAAUGGACACUGUUUGCUAUGACAAAUGUGUGGAGCAAUUGAAACUAGGCUAUCAAGUAAUGGUAUUUGUGCAUGCUCGAAAUGCAACCGUACGAACGUCAAACGUUCUUCGUGAGAUGGCUACACAAAAGCAACAUUUAACUCUAUUUGCACCGGAUGAAUCGAAGGAAUUGGGGUUGGCCAAGCGUUCGAUGGCCAACAGUCGAAAUAAGCAACUAAACGAAUUAUUCCAAUAUGGUAUUGCAAUGCAUCAUGCAGGAAUGUUGCGUAGCGAUCGUUCGAUGGUCGAGCGAUAUUUCGGCGAAGGACUGAUCAAAGUGCUUGUAUGUACGGCAACACUCGCUUGGGGUGUGAAUCUACCAGCCCAUGCGGUUAUUAUUAAAGGAACGGAAAUUUACGACGCAAAACACGGUUCAUUUGUCGAUCUCGGCAUACUGGAUGUGCUUCAAAUUUUUGGCCGAGCUGGUCGGCCACAAUUCGAAAAAUCCGGUCUUGGUAUCAUCAUUACCGCACACAACAAAUUAACUCAUUACCUCUCGCUCCUCACAAAUCAAUUUCCCAUUGAAUCGAACUUCAUCGAUUGUUUGGCCGAUAAUUUAAAUGCUGAAAUCACGUUGGGCACCAUUUGUAACAUUGAAGAAGCCAUCGAAUGGCUUAGUUACACUUACCUAUUUGUGAGAAUGCGAUUGAACCCGCAAGUGUAUGGCAUGACUUAUGAAGAUGUCAUGGAAGAUCCAACGUUAGAACAGAAAAGACGAGCAUUGAUAAUAUGCGCAGCGCAAAAUUUAGACAAGGCACAGAUGAUUCGGUACAAUGUGCGAACGGGUGAUUUGCAUCCAACCGAUUUAGGGCGAACAGCAUCACAUUUUUACAUCAAAUAUGCAACCGUCGAAGUUUUCAAUGAAAAUAUGCAGCCAGUUAUGUCCGAACCGGAAAUUUUCCACAUGAUGUCAUUGGCCCAGGAGUUCCAGCAGUUAAAAGUUCGAGACGAGGAAUUGGAUGAAUUAGAAGAUUUGACCCAUGAUUAUUGCGAAGUGGUGGCGAAGGGUGGCGCAGCAAAUAUACACGGAAAAGUUAAUAUUUUGAUGCAAACAUAUUUGUCACGUGGUCAAGUUCGAGCAUUUUCACUGAUAUCGGAUUUAUCGUACAUUACACAAAAUGCCGUGCGCAUUGUUCGAGCACUUUUCACCAUUCAACUACAUCAGAACAAUGCCAUCUUGGCCGGUCGACUGUUGAUGCUGAGCAAAAUGUUCGAACGUCAGAUGUGGGACUAUCAAACGCCGCUACGACAAUUCACCCGAAUCGGCUUUGAUAUGAUUGAUAAAAUUGAAAACAGUGGCGUCAGUGUGAUGGCGCUACGCGAUAUGGAUGCUAGGGAAAUCGGUGAUUUUCUUCGUAAUCAACGCAAUGGAGCCUUUAUUGCAAAAUGUGCCAACGAAUUUCCACUUAUCGAAAUGGACGCCACACUGCAUCCUAUAACAAGAACCGUGUUGCGAAUCCGAAUUUUCAUUCGAGCCAACUUUAGGUGGAACGAUGGUGUUCAUGGUAAAUUUGCCGAACCAUUUUGGAUUUGGAUCGAAGACCCGGAAAGUAAUUACAUUUAUCACUCGGAAUAUUUCCAAUUGACACGAAAACAAGCAUUUUCCGAAGAGCCACAAGAAUUAGUGGUGACAAUUCCACUGCGUGAACCAUUACCACCGCAGUACUAUAUCAGAGCGAUUAGCGAUCGAUGGCUUGGAAGUGAAACGUACUUCCCAUUAAGUUUCCAACACUUGAUUUUGCCGGAAUUGCAUCCACCUCACACAGAACUGUUGCCGCUUCAACCUUUGCCAAUCACCGUUCUGAAUAACAAACGGUACGAAUCGCUGUACACAUUCACACAUUUCAAUCCAAUUCAAACGCAAAUCUUCCACUGCCUCUAUCACACCGAUACAAAUGUACUGUUGGGUGCUCCAACGGGGUCAGGAAAAACAAUCGCCGCCGAAAUUGCAAUAUUUAGAGUAUUCAAUACGUAUCCAAAUGGAAAAGUGGUUUAUAUUGCGCCGUUGAAAGCACUGGUACGUGAACGUAUCGACGAUUGGAAGCAUCGAUUGGAGCAACGACUCGGACGAAAAGUUGUCGAACUAACUGGAGAUGUUACACCGGAUGCCAGAGCAAUACGUGAUAGUCAUGUGAUUGUCACAACACCAGAGAAAUGGGAUGGUAUCAGUCGUUCGUGGCAAACACGUGAAUAUGUCAAAGAUGUUGCACUCAUUGUUAUCGAUGAAAUCCAUUUGCUGGGCGAAGAUCGUGGUCCGGUUCUUGAGGUCAUCGUUUCGCGUACAAAUUUCAUUGCAUCUCACACAAAACGAACGCUUCGCAUCGUCGGUCUGUCAACCGCUCUCGCAAAUGCACGUGAUUUAGCCAACUGGCUUGGAAUUAAAGACAUGGGUUUAUACAAUUUCAAGCCAUCCGUUCGCCCUGUGCCACUCUCUGUGCACAUUUCUGGAUUCCCAGGCAAGCACUAUUGCCCACGAAUGGCGACCAUGAAUCGUCCUGCAUAUCAAGCCAUUCGUCAAUAUUCACCAUGUACACCGGCAUUGAUUUUCGUCUCAUCGCGUCGACAAACUCGAUUAACUGCACUCGAUUUGAUUGCAUUUUUGGCCGGUGAAGAUAACCCGAAACAAUUUAUGCAUUUGCUUGAGCAUGAGAUGGAUCAAAUUUUGGAUGGGAUCAAAGACGCCAAUCUCAAACUAACCCUUGCCUUUGGCAUUGGAUUGCAUCACGCUGGUUUGCAUGAACACGAUCGGAAAACCGUUGAAGAACUAUUUCUGCAUAGGAAAAUACAAAUUUUAGUCGCAACAGCAACAUUAGCAUGGGGUAUCAAUUUACCCGCGCAUUUGGUCAUUGUCAAAGGAACUGAGUAUUAUGAUCCGAAAUUGAAGCGAUAUGUCGAUAUGCCAAUCACGGAUGUGCUACAGAUGAUGGGUCGUGCGGGACGGCCACAAUUCGGUAACGAAGGUAUUGCCGUUGUGCUAGUUCACGAUGUCAAAAAGAAUUUCUAUAAGAAAUUCCUGUACGAUCCAUUCCCCGUUGAAUCGCACCUGCUCAACGUUUUACCGGAUCACGUGAAUGCUGAAAUUGUAGCGGGCACCGUACAAACGAAACAAAGUAUUCUCGAUUAUUUCACGUGGACGUAUUGCUUUAGACGUUUAAUGCGUAAUCCAACUUACUAUGACUUGGCAAGUAUUGAGCCACAGGAUGUGAAUCGAUUUUUGUCACAAUUAAUCGAAUCGGUACUACAAACGCUCACCGAUGCUGGUUGCAUUGAAAUCGACCCAGAGGACUCAAGGCAUGUCUAUCCAACAUCGAUGGGACGAAUUUCAUCCUAUUAUUAUCUGUCGCAUCAGAGUAUGCGACAUUUUGCCGAUGUUUUACAUGCCGACAUGACAUUCGAGAAUGUACUGUCGGCGAUGAGCAACGCCUACGAAUUCUAUUCACAACCAUGCCGACAUAAUGAAGACAAAUACAAUAUUGAACUUUCGAAAAGUUGCCGGCUCAGUGUUGAUCCGCUAACAUGUGACUCACCACACACAAAAACAUUCCUGUUGAUUCAAGCACAUUUAUCACAUCUUCCACUGCCAAAUUCUGAUUAUUUGACGGAUACAAAAUCCGUUCUCGACCAAUCGUUACGUAUAUUACAGGCAAUGAUCGAUAUUUGCGCGGAAAGAGGGUGGCUAAUCACAGUGAUUCGCAUUCAACAACUAAUGCAAUGUGUGAUUCAAGGGCGAUGGUAUGAUGAUUCACCAGUUUUGUCACUGCCAUACGUUGAAGAGCUCAAUAUUCCAUGUUUCAAACGAAUUCCCAUCAAGGAAUCAAUUCUCACUUUGCCCACACUAAAAGAAAAUGUGUUGCAAAAGUACGAAAAAUUAGCCGGCCCACUGCGUGAAGACUUUGAAGAGGCACAGAUUGAGCGAAUUUAUCAGGUUUUAUGUGAUAUGCCAACGCUAGAUGUUGAUUUAUGUGCAAUCGGUCAACGGAACGAUGAAAGCGAUGCCGUACAACAAAUUACUGUGCCAAUGAAAAAAGAUGAUUGGAUUCAAAUGCAUUCUAAUGCGGAGUACACCAUUCGGGCGAAUUUCCAUCGAUACGUGCAUCGGUUGAGCAAAGACCGAAAGAAGACCGAUUCACUCAUUCCAAAAGUGCAUUGUCCGAAAUUCUCGAAAAUCAAAGAUGAAGGAUGGUUUUUGAUAUUGGGUGAUCCCAGCCAAGCUGAACUAAUUGCUCUGAAACGAUGCUCGUACCGAAAUACAAAUAGCAUUCACUCGGUCACAUUCAACGCACCAAAUAAAAUUGGUCGUUAUUUGUAUACCGUUUACAUAAUAUCCGACAGCUACUUAGGCUUUGAUCAGCAGUACGAUGUGCAGCUUGAAGUGAUAUCUGGCCAAACAAAGAACUCUGUGUACUCUACAAAAUCGGGGCUCGCGCAAUUCAAUGAAUGCAGUGAUUGUGUACCAAUUUGUGAGUUUUGUGCUGUUUGGCGCGCAGUUUUUGAUCACCGUGCGCAUGAAUGGUUGCCCAUUGUCAUGCACUAUUUUCAAUGAUUUGAUUAGCAGCUCAAACUGUUCGAAGCAGUCUCUCAAAUUGAGUCGGAUGACGUUAAUUAAUUUGUGACGACUUUUGAUUACUCAUCGGUCGACGAACGUAAAACGCAAAUACAAUCGAUCCUGCAUAGUUUUGGUCUUGACACCUGGCUACCCACGUUUUUUUCGUGAAUUUCUAUAUUGACAUCGUUGACGUCGCAUAUGAAUGGUCACAAGGAAAACGAAAACAAAAAAGACAACUUUUUUCACCCGCGGUUGAAAUUAAAUAGGAUCAAAUAUCUAUUCGUGAGACGUAAAGAAUGUAUGUUUUUUUCUCGAUUUAUAUUUUUGAAAAGAAAAGUAUGUUUUCUAUUGAUUCUAUCUGCGUUAAAAGAAAGUAUGUUGUAGUACCGUCUAGCCUCCGUGGUUUUCACGGUUUUCGCGCAACUGAUAAGAGAUAACAGCAUGUUAUCUUCGGCAAAAUUGUAGUUCUCGAGGUCCUCUAUAACAUUGCUGAAGACAGGUAACUCUUAUCUCUUAUGAUUUGCGCACAAAUCGCGCACACGAAAAAGCAAAUUUCAUAUAGAACUUUUUUUUCUCAUCAUUUUUCGCGCUUUUCGCGGAACUGAUGAGAGAUAAGAGGUAACUGUCUUCAGCAAUGUUAUAGAAGACCUCGAGUAAUACAACUUUGCCGAAGACACUAAGUUGUUAUCUCUUAUCAGUUCUGCGGAAACCUAGGAAACCCGCGAGGACCCGCCAAAAACGAACAUACAUUCUUUUAACCAUUAUUAGUUGUAAUGAAACAUACUUCUCUUUAUUGCUACGAAGUUGGACAAACUUGCGUUCUUUUACGUCUCACUUAUAGAUAUGUGGUGUGUGAAUGUGCUAAUUGUGAUGUUUAUAACAUGACUUACGACAAAAAUAUCUCAUAGAAGCGUUAAACUGAUUUUAACGUACUGAAAUGCAUACGAUCCUCAGCUAGGGGUUUCAUUCAAGGCUUGAGUAAUAUGAAUAUUUGUGAAUAUUGUGGAUAUUUUUCUCAUUGAAUCAUCGUCAAAAUUUCGAUUAUAUGUGAAUGUUGUGAAUUUUGUGAAUAUUUUCAAUAAAAUUUUCAAGAUGGCGACGAAUUCAAGAUGGCGGCUGAUGAGAACUCCUGAACUGUCAAAUAAUAAAGACUGAAUAUCUGUGAAUAUGAGUGGAUAUUCUGAAUAUAGCUCAAAA